AUGAUACCCAUUACCGGCGUUCUCCGCAAGAGGCAGCGCACCACUACCACCCGUCAUUCCCCCACCGCCGCAAUCGCCAACUCCUCAUUCUUCGACAUAACUCAAAACCACCCCCGCUCCUCUCCAACUACCACCACACGUGACACCGCCUCCCUCUUAUUCAACGAUGCAUCCACCGCCGACGUCGUCCUCCGCCUUUUCACCGAUACAAUCUCCCCACCGGAAUCAUCUCCCUCCGUCGACUCAGCGCUAAUCUCCGAUCUCCACGUGUACCUCCACUCGGACAUUAUUCGCCGGUCCAAAUACUUCUCCGCCCUUCUAUCCGACCGUUGGAUUGGCAACGCUCAUCCUCAAUCUCCAUCGCCGGAGCAAACCACAAACCACGAACUGUUCCGCUUAAAUCUUGGAGUUCCUCCUUCUCCUGGCUCGAUCCAGAACCAUCUCACGGUCCUGGAACUUCUCUACACGAACGAUUUCCCUAAUGCGGUGGAAAGUGUGUCGACGGCUCUUGAUCUCCUCCCUGUGGCGCUUGAAUUGCUCUUCGAAGACUGCGUCCGGUGGUGCGUGAGUUAUCUCGAAGCCGUACCGUGGACGGAGGAAGAAGAGCACGGAGUCGUAAACCUAAUUCCUUUCCUGAGCGAAGAAGAAUCGAAAGAACUCGUGGCUAGGGUUUCACCUGUAGGAGAAAACGCAUGCGAGGAAAUGCUGCAAGGUUUAAUUUCUUCAGCGAUGAACAAUUACGGAAACACAGCGUUCGUGAAAGCGUUCGUAGGGAAGAUAUUAAGGGACGUAUCUUCGAGGGUAACGGCUAAGAGAGUUUUGGAGAAAGCGUUUAGGAAAAGCUUGAAAACGGUGAAGCAAUCGUUGGAGGAUUAUAUGAGUCCUGUUUUUAGAGGUGAUCAUAAUGAAACGGAAGCCAUUCAGAGGUUGAAUCUUCACAAAGCUUCUACUAUUGGGAAACAUCUUCUAUGGCUUGUGGAGAGGAUGAUUGAGCUUAGGGUUGCUGAUGCGGCUGUGCGUGAAUGGAGUGAACAAGAGGCUUUCACGGCUGAUUUGAAGAGGGCGUUUCGCGAUGAAGCUUUGAGGAAUAUUGUGCCUGGUCUUCCUGCUGUUAUUCUUCGUUGUACAUCAAAGCUUGCGCAUGCUGUUUGUGCCGGCACUAUUUUGGCUUCUACUCAGGUGAGAAGGAAACUAGUAGAAGACUGGCUUCCUGUUUUGGUUGUAUGCAAAGACAGUGUUUCACCCGCCAGCAACAAAUCGUUAUAUCUAGAAUUGGAAGAAACUUUUUUGCAAAUCAUCUCCACAUUGCCCAUGUCAGAUGCUCAAGAAUUGUUGCAGCAGUGCCUCAGCUUUUCAACCCGAAAUGUUGAAGAUUGUCCUCACUUGGUAACAGCGUUCAACACCUGGUUCCGCCGUGCAGCCCACCCCUUCAAGCUAGAUUCUCCGUGUGAUCCAUCAGAUACCUGA